AUCCUCCACAUGUGGCGUCAAAACUCUCUCCUUUCCCUUUCCUUCCUUCUUUUUCUUUCUUUCCCUCCCUUCCCCCUCCUUUCCAUUUCCAAUUCAAUUCAAUUCUUUUGUAAUGAUGGCUGAGGCGUCUGCUCUGUGUUUCUCUUCUUUCUCUUCACUUCCUUCCGUUUCUCGCUGUCGAAGAAUGGAACCCAUUUCCUUCCUUUCCACGUCUUUUCUUUCUCGACCCCCUUCUCGCUUUCUUCGAUUCAUGGCCCCCAAAGCUUCUUCUGAUUCUUCUUCCGGCUUCCUCGGUGAUGAUUCUUUUAAUUUCUUCCCUUGGGCUGACGGUCACAGCGGAAUUCAAUGGAUUCAAGAGGAGAGAGUAACGCUGUUUACUGCUGAUGGGCUCAUUCAGAUUGGAGGCUCAAUGGUCCCUCGACGUGUUACUACUUCUGAUAAUCAGGGGAGAUCAAAAGCCUCCCAAAAAUUUCAGCGUUUUCAAGAGAGUGAUUACAUGGAUCCGAACCAGAGUCUAUGCCUAGGUGCUCUCUUUGAUAUUGCAGCAACAAAUGGUCUUGAUAUGGGCCGAAGGCUUUGUAUCUUUGGUUUUUGCCGUUCCAUUGAAAUGCUAAGUGAUGUUGUGGAAGAUACAGUUUUGGAGCAUGGUGGGGAGAUUGUGGCUGCAGAGAAGGCAAGCAAAGGUGGUUUGCAUGAAAAGUUAACCAUGACAGUUGCAGUGCCAUACCUGUGGGGUGUUCCUCCUGCUUCUGAAACACUUCACUUGGCUGUUCAGAGUGGGGGAGGGAUUGUAGAGAAAAUUUAUUGGCAAUGGGAUUUUUUGUAAAUAAUUUGUCAAAUUCUCUUGAUGAUGAUCAUCAUCUGUGCAUUCUGUACAUAAACUGUGGUACUCCAAUUCAAUGUAUAAAAUUCUUAUCUUCUAUUCUACUUAA